UUGAUAAGCUAGAUGGCAGAAUGAUAAGUCGUUGACUUUGACUUAGAUAAACACUCUGACAGGGAUAAAAUAGAGGUAGAAAUUAAGACAAAAAUGGAUGCAUUGAUAUCUGAUCAGUAUGAUGCACUUCUCGAAAAAGAAAGAGUUGUAACCGGUGAAGUUAAAACAUAUUUGAGUUCAGAUACAUCAUGUGAACAAAGCGAAACUCUUGAUGGUCUAGAUAAUAUUAUUACUCCUGAAUUUUUGAAUACCAUCAGAGCUUCAGGCCUACCAAAUCAUGAAUUGAAAUUAAAGGUUGGUGUACCUGUUAUGCUACUCAGAAAUAUUGACCAAUCAUCGGGAUUAUGUAAUGACACGCGUCUCAUUAUUACUCAAUUGGGAAAAUUUGUGCUUGAGACGAAGAUCAUUUCAGAAAAUAAUAUUGGCCAAAAAGUUUUUAUUCCGAGGUUGUCAUUGACUCCUUCUGACAUGAGAAUUCCAUUCAAAUUUCAGCGCACACAGUUUCCUAUAUAUGUUUCUUUUGCAAUGACAAUAAAUAAGAGUCAAGGUCAAUCUCUUAAACAUGUUGGGAUCUACCUUCCACAAUCUGUGUUUACCCAUGGUCAGCUAUAUGUUGCAGUUUCUAGAGUUACUUCACGAUCUGGUUUAAAACUUCUUAUCAUCGACGACGAUGGUAAUGCCACUAAUAAGACUUCAAAUGUUGUUUACAAGGAGAUCUUCCAAAAUAUGAACAAGGUUUAGUUCAGGGGUUGAUUAUGCUAUCGAAUGAUAUUAGAAUGAGGUGGAUAGUGCCGAUUACCAUUUCGAAAAGUUCUGCUGCACGUUGCAUAUUGUGUAAUUUUGUUCAAAUUGAUAUUUUAAUUCACCUUCAACAUAUGAUUGGGAUGUACCAUUGUCAGUGUUAUAAGAAGUUUUAGUGUGUGUUUGGUUA